AUGCCGACUCUCUUUGAUUCUCAUCAGGAGUUUAGCGAAUGGUUUUCUAAGGAUAUUGAAAGUCAUGCUGAAAAUAAAGGUUCAUUAAACGAGCACCAACUUAAACGGUUGCACAUGAUAUUAAAACCUUUCAUGUUGCGUCGUGUAAAAAAAAAUGUUCAAAAUGAACUUGGGGACAAAAUAGAAAAAGAAGUAUUUUGCCAGCUAACAGCGAGGCAACGUACUCUAUACCGUGGUCUUCGUGAUAAGAUUUCUGUGACAGAAUUGUUAGAAAAGGCUGCAACAUGGCCUGAUAAUGAUAAUGUCGAUAGUCUAAUGAAUUUAGUAAUGCAAUUUCGUAAAGUCUAUCCAGACGUUCCAACCAAUACAUAUGCUCGUUUUCUGAUUGCUGAAACAGCAUCUAAGCUUGCACCUAUGAAUAUUGAAGAAUCAUCGGUCCUCAGUAAUUUAACAAAUAUUUUUGAAAAUAUUACUAGGCAUGAAUUGGCAAUCUCUCCUCCAAUUCAACCUAUAUGUAUAGAUAAAGGUUUUUAUAAUGAUCAAGAACAUCUUAUGUUUAAUCCAUUUGUAAGGUCUGCCCUCUCAGGAAUAAAAGAAUUAAUACCUCAUAAUGAGCGGAAUUCUAGCAUUGUUGGUCAAUUCUUAAUGCAAUCUGAGG